GUCGACGUACUUUUCUUUACGCAAGGCCGGGCCAAAGACAAAGGGUAUAUUAGUCAUGAAGUAGUGGCAUUCUGGUAAAAUGGAUCCUCACCUCGGUUUAGUUCGGGUCGUCCUUGUCCUCAGGUUGUCUCGUUACACAGGCGGCGGAGACGAGGGCGGAUCGGAGACGAGCGGCGAUGCAGACUAGGUGUUAGGAGGCGCAGGUACCACGAUUUGGACGCAGGAAUCUGUCGUCCUCUUCGGUAGGUAGGGCCUUGGGCGCUCGGUCUGGAGCCCAGCGUUUCGAUCUCUUCGGGAGGCUUUGGAUCAUGGCCGCCCUCCCUCGUUUCGCGGAUCGCCUGUGGGGUCUCACUCCGUUGUUUUGAACUCAGACUUCUAGCUCUUUAGACUUCAGCAUCUAGGUGGUCGUGGAUUUCUACUAUAAGAUGGAAUCUCAUAAUGGAGUUGAACUGGAGUUGGAAAAAGAAACUCUGGAGAAAGAUUCAGUGGCCAAUGGAUGUGGGCCAAAUAUGGAGAAUGAAGUUGGCGGCGGUGGCACUGAUGCCGUGCAAACCGAAGAUGGUUCUCUGGAUAAACCAGAAAGGGAAGUUGUUGACUUUCCCGGAGAGGAUAAUGAAAGUUCUUUAGGUGCUACGGAAAUCAAAGCUUCCAAUCUCCCAAAGACAUCGGGAUCUUAUGGAGGCAACCGAUGGAAGAAAGCACAGAAAGAUCAAGGUGGUCAGAAUGGUCAUUCAAAUGAAUUUCGGAAGAAAAAACCUGUUCUUUCACCGAAUCUCUCAUUUCCUUCCAAAGGCACUCUUCCUGCUAAGCAAUCUUCCUUGGCUGCUGCAACUAGCACUCGUAAAUCAUUAUCCACAAAGCCUGGCUCAGUGGAUGCAGCUGCUAAAGAUACUUCUGAAGAAAGUGGAAUUGGUUCCACUCCAGGUGCAAGAAGCAGUAUCUCUGGUUUUAAUUUCAGCUUGGAUGAGCGUGCUGAGAAACGUAAGGAGUUUUUUAUGAAGCUUGAGGAGAAGAAUCAUGCAAAGGAAGUAGAAAAAACUAAUUUGCAAGUAAAAUCUAAGGAAAGUCAAGAGGCUGAGAUCCGAAAGCUGAGGAAGAGCUUGACCUUUAAGGCAACACCAAUGCCAAGCUUUUAUCAAGAACCUGGUCCUCCAAAAGUUGAACUGAAGAAGAUACCACCAACACGUGCUAAGUCGCCAAAGCUUGGUCGACGCAAGGUACCUACCGCCGUAACAGAUAAUCCUUCAGAAGGUAGCAUCUCAUGUGAGAGCCCACGCCCUGCUCCCUCCUCUAGCAAGCCAAAUGAAGCUGUGACAUCCAUUAAAGGGAGCUCAACUUCAAAGAACCCUACAAAGAAAUCACUCUCAAAGCUUCCGUCGCAGGAAUCGAAAACUUCAACACCUGACGUGAAAUCAGCUGCCACAAAACGGAAAGUGUCAAACAUGAAGGCCAAACUUGAGAAAGCUAAAGUGGAAGGGAGUGAUAACAAACUGAUUGAAGUUGCCCCUGAAGCUAGCACAGAAGUGGAACCAGUCCUUGAUAACAGAGUCGGGGAAGAUAACCCUGUUCUUAACCCUUCCGACCCUGUAAUUGCUUCUCUGGAAGAACCAGCGCAAGGAUAAAAAGGGUUGGGCCUCCUAUCCUAUGUAUCCCCUUUGUGCCAAUUUACGAGCUGCAGUGUGUUUGCUGCUUGGUGAGUAUGAUGCUGUUUCAUGGUGCUCAUUCCAUUGUUUCCCAAGGAGACAUUGGUCUAUUGGACUUUAUUUUGGUGAUGUAUAUUAUUCAUUGUCUUUGCCGUCA